AUGGGACGAGAGAGCCUUGGUAGUUGUAAAGCGUGUGGUGGCAUGGGAGCGGCACUGUUAUCAGACCCCGACAGGAUUGAGAGGAUUCUGAGAACCCUUGUCAAAGGAGUUUCAAAGCCAGUAACCUGUAAAAUUCGAAUCCUGCCUUCGCUUGAUACUAUAAGACUUGUCCAGCGGGUUGAACGGACUGGAGUGGCAGCGAUUGCAGUUCAUGGAAGGCGAAAGGAGGAGAGACCCCAGCAUCCUGUCCACUGUGAUGUCAUUAAAGCGGUUGCUGAGGCAGUUUCCAUUACUGUUAUAGCAAACGGGGGAUCUCAAGACUGCAUUAAAGUGCAUUCAGAUAUCGAAGCCUUCCGAGCCGCUACGGGCGCGUCCUCGGUGAUGCUGGCUCGAGCGGCCAUGUGGAACCCCUCCAUCUUCAGGAGAGACGGCCCCCUGCCUCUGGAGCAGGUCAUCGGAGAAUACAUCCGAUACAUGAGUCUCUCGCAGUUGUCCGCUACGAAUCACACCUUCAACACCAAGUACUGCCUCUGCCAGAGGCUGAGGGAGAAGCUGGAAUCGCCACCGGGCAAGAAGCUGCACUCUGCACAGUCCCACAGAGAAAUCUGCGAGGCCUUUGAUUCAGUAGUGUACUACAAGGAAACCACCGCCAUGCUGGAGGCUCGGUCGGCAGCCGAAGCCAGGAGGCACCACACAGACGACCAGUUCGAGGAUACAGAUGUGACCACAAUGACAGUCCGCUUUGACAGACGAGACUACCCUCCUCAAAUCACACCCAAAAUGUUUUUACUGGAGUGGAGCCAGAGUGAGCAGCUCCCGCAGCCUGUCUAUGAAACUAUGAGUAGAUUUGACCUGAGAAAGGAUCGGCUGACUGCAAAUUCUGUUUAUUUUAUUAUCAAAUACAAAGACCUCUGGACAGAUUUUUUCGUUCCACGGUAACAGCUGCAAACAAGAAAUACAGAUCCACAACCUGGGAUAAAUCGAAGAAGCUGGCUGAGCAAACCGCAGCUGUAGUCGGUCUCAGGACCCUGGGGCUUCCAGAGGGGAGGAUGGGCGAGGAGGAGAGCAACCUAGUGAAGAAGCGCAAGAGAGAGGAAAAAACAGUGCAGCGGAUCUGCUGAGAGUGCAGAAGAGUCUGGGCAUGCCCCGAUAGGAGACUGCCUGGCUCUCUACAGUAUAUACAGUACAGAGGGGACUGCCUGGAUCAGCCUGGACUCUACAGUGUAUCGACAGAGGGCACUGCUUCCUGGAUGAGUUAACUCACACUUUUAAUGUUGAGGGUUUUAUCUGCAGUCUGCAGAAUAUAUAAUUUAUUUGUAGUAUUAUUGUUUAAAACUCUGCAGGCGGUGGUCUGAGGAAGUCCACUUACUGACUGUAUUGCAUUAUUAAAUGUUGACACUAGGUGGCAGUUUAGUUCCAAACAGCAAUGCAAACCAACAGCAGGGUAUUCCCAUAGGAAAGCCACACACACACACACACACACACACACACACACACACACACACACACACACACACACACAGCCUACUCCUCCAUCAAUGUGGUUCCCUCAUCUCAGCAGGCAUGCAUGAGCCUCAUAUCUAUAGUAGAUCACAGCCUAAUAUUCAUAUUACAGUAUCUGUGUCUUCUAAAAGAUAAGUGUGUUUCCCGGCUAUCUGAUUUGCAUAACCAAAUCAGGACAUGCCAGUCCACACAUGCAUCAAAUUCUGUGCGGUACCCCCAAGCAUGACACGCCUUCUGUGAGCCGUUCACAAUGAGUUUUAACAUCACAGUCUGGUUCACAGGUAACCAUCAUUAGUUUUUUUCUUUCUAAGAUUUACUGCAUACACAGUAGUGGGAAAGCAGAAUUAAAAUGCCAUACAUUCCAUUGUUGUGCAUCUUAAACAUUUGCCUACUUCACUUAGUUUCUUGAAUUAUACUUUUCAUUAUAGUGCACCGCAAUGAAGAAAAUAGGGGGGAAAAGCAGUACAAAUGAUGCAAAAAGCUUCUAAACAGAAUCAGAAAACAAAGUUGUUUAAAAUGUGACAGUGAUUGCUUCCUCUAUUGGUCUUGGUCAGCUCUAUCUUGUGGCUAAUUAGACUUGGAUAUUCUUGGAUAGACACUGUCCUUGCUAAGUGGCUUCACAGUUCAGUCAGUUGAUUAAACAUGUGAAUAGUUUGUUGAAACCCAAAUAUGUUAAGAAUGAUGAUUCAACCGUCACUGUGGGAUCACAGUCAUAAAAACGAAUGUACAUUUCGUAUUGUUUGCUUUUUCAAUAAUUUCAUUUCCAGCAGUUGUCACCAUGUGUCUUGCUCUGUUUGCAUUGAGAGCGCAAGUUGCCUCUUGUUUUGUGGUAUUUGUGUUUUUUACUCACCAGAGCUCCUCAAAGCUAACAAACUAGCCUGUUUGAAAUUGAAUUAAACCCUAUGUUGCAUACCUCAAAACUAAAACAGCAAGCUUGAUCAAGCGUGAUCGACCCCCCACCCCCAUCCAGGAGAAAGAUACAAUGAGAGGAUUAGCAUGAAAAGUAUCUGAGCAUAUCUGACUGUCAAAACUGGCUCUGAAAUAACAGAAAUCUGUCUCGAAAACUUCAUUAAAAAAAUACAAUCUUUAAUUUUUAAUCAAUUAUUGUUUUUUGCAUGGCACUUAAAAAAAAAAAAUGUUUCCAAUAACUAAAUUGGUGUUAUGAAUUAUGGAAUCCCUAAUACUUCAAUGUAAAAUAAUUUAGGACUCCUAACACACACAUAUACUGCACAGUAAAAUCCAUUGCUCUCCAUAUUAGAAUAUUAUAGUAGAUUUUUUUUUUUUAAUAGAACCUGAUAAAGCCAAAUGUGUUCUAUAUAGAAUGUCUGCAGGUAACCUUACUAUAUAUAUAUAUAUAUAUAU